AUGGGGCAGCAGUGCUGUGGAAGUGGGAAUCCCACCGGCUUCAGCGGCGCGAGCCAUGAAGAGAUGCUCAAGCAAUUCGGCGACCUCAGCGACGAUGCGGCGAUGGCCGCAGUCGUCGCCAGUCUCGCUCAGAUCACGGAGGAGCAUCCUUACCUGAAGCCGAUGGGAACCGAGCCGAUGCCGCACCAGCUGCUCUACUGGGUGAGGAGGUGCCGGGAGUGCAUCAUCAUCCGGAACUCCACUGAGGCCGUGAGCUGCGUGGAGCGGAUCCAGCGAAGUCUGAACUACGAGAUGGCACAGAUCAAGGAUGCCUUCCGGCGGUUUGAUGCAGACAGCUCUGGGCAUUUGGACCAGAACGAGUUUAAAUACCUCUGCGCCUACAUCGGAUGGGGUGAGGAAGAGGCCCAGGCGAUGAUCAUGGACUUGGAUCAGGACCAGAAGGUCUCCUACGAGGAGUUUCAGCUCUUCGUUGGCCACAUGGGUGGCCUCCAGGCACUUUUUGAGAACCGCCGGAAGCGUGUGGCCAACAAGAACUGGGGCAUCUGG